AACAGUCUGUCGAAAAUAAUGAUAUCAGACUAAUAGAAUUUGAUAAUUUAAAUUUUAGCGCCAAAAAACAUAAAAAGGGACGCUCUUGUGCUUCUUUGAACGAUUUAAAAUUUACAUGUCAUAUCUUGACUGACUAUGAAGAUAUAAAUAUCGAUGAGAAAGAAAUGAAAUCUAUAUUUUCUAUGGGAUUGGAACAUGAGAAUAUUAUCAAAGCAUUUAUUUCUCAAAGUGAAAAGCUUUCUAUGUAUUAUCUGCUCGUGGAAGUUACAAAUCAGGGAAACCUUACAGAUUAUUUAGAGAGGAAUAAGCUAAAUUGGAUCCAGAAAAUUAAUUUAGCAUCACAAUUGAUCAGUGAAUUAGAAUGUCUUCAUAACCAUCAAAUAGUUCAUUCGAGCUUGAAUCCAAAGAAUGUCCUCAUUCACAAUCAUAUUCUAAAAUUAACCAACUUUGGGAGCCUAACCAUAUUUAAACCUGAUGGUUUGGAAAAUAUUCCCUUCAUUGAAUCUCGAGAGUUGAUGUUAGGAAGCCGAGCCAUAUUUAAAUCUGAUGAUUUGGAAAGUAUUUCAUACCUUAAUCCUCAAGAGUUGACGUUAGAAAAAGGGUUUAUCAAAAGUUACAGUAACAAAGAUGAUAAUUUUUCAAAUAGAUUUAAAUCAAAUAUUUAUAGUUUGGGAGUAUUACUCUGGCAAAUUUCCAGUGGCAUCCAACCUUAUAUGGGCUUGACAACCACAAAAGUUAUUGAAUAUAUAAGUAAUGGUGAAAGAGAAAAGCCUGUUGAUGGAACCCUGAUUAAAUAUUAA